AGCAAAAUGGCAGGAAACAGCCUUGUUCUACCAAUCGUGCUUUGGGGUCGCAAAGCUCCCACACACUGCAUAUCAGCCAUACUGUUAAUGGAUGAUGUUUCAAUGAUUGUCACGGGAUGUCAUGAUGGACAGAUAUCUCUCUGGGACCUUUCAUUAAAUCUAGAAAUUAAUCCCAGAGCGCUGCUGUUUGGUCACACAGCUUCAAUUACAUGUUUGUCCAAAGCCUCUGCUUCCAGUGAAAAACAGUAUAUAGUGAGUGCAUCUGAAAGUGGGGAGAUGUGUCUGUGGGAUGUGAAUGAUGGGAGAUGUAUAGAAUUUACAAAACUCGCCUGCACCCAUACUGGAAUACAGUUCUACCAGUUCACAGUUGGGACUCAGCGUGAAGGCAGGCUACUGUGUCAUGGCCAUUACCCAGAAAUUCUUGUUGUGGAUGCUACCAGUCUCGAGGUUCUUUAUUCCUUAGUGUCAAAGAUUUCUCCCGACUGGAUCAGCUCCAUGAGUAUUAUUCGAUCCCAUAGAACACAAGAGGAUACUGUCGUAGCAGUUUCAGUGACUGGUAUUCUGAAAGUGUGGAUUGUAACUUCUGAAGUUAGUCGGAUGCAGGAUACGGAACCAGUAUUUGAGGAGGAGUCUAAACCAAUUUAUUGUCAAAACUGCCAAAGCAUUUCUUUCUGUGCAUUUACCCAACGAUCACUUUUGGUAGUGUGCUCCACAUACUGGAGGGUUUUUGAUGCUGGAGAUUAUUCCUUGUUAUGUUCAGUUCCCAGUGAAAAUGGACAAACGUGGACUGGCGGUGACUUUGUAUCAGCUGAUAAAGUGAUCAUAUGGACAGAAGAUGGACAAAGUUUUAUUUACAAACUACCAGCCAGUUGCCUACCAGCUAGUGAUACGUUUCGCAGUGAUGUGGGAAAAGCUGUUGAAAAUUUAAUUCCUCCUUUACUGUUCAGUGUAUUGGACCGAGCAGAUAAACAGCUGCUUAUCUGUCCCCCUAUUACUCGAUUCUUCUAUGGACGCAGGGAGUGUUUCCAUAAACUUCUAAUCCAGGGAGAUUCUUCAGGGAGACUGUGUAUUUGGAAUGUGCCAGGUACACUUGAACUGCAAGACAACACAGAAGGACUGCAAAUGACAACUUCAACUUCUCUGCAAGAAGCUUUUUGUAAACUUACUCCUCGUCCUGCUGGAAUUAUAGACCAAUUAAGCUUAAUACCAAACAGUAACGAACCACUUAAAGUUACAGCCAGCGUGUAUAUCCCAGCACAUGGACGCCUGGUUUGUGGUCGUGAAGAUGGAAGCAUUGUUAUUGUGCCAGCAACUCAAACUGCAAUAGUUCAGCUUCUGCAAGGAGAGCACAUGCUCAGGAGAGGUUGGCCACCUCACAGAAAUCUCCGGGCUCAUCGGAACAAAGUUACAUGUUUACUGUAUCCUCAUCAGGUCUCAUCUCGUUAUGACCAAAGAUACUUGAUCUCAGGUGGUGUGGAUUUCUCAGUCAUUAUAUGGGACAUCUUUUCUGGAGAAAUGAAACACAUCUUCUGUGUCCAUGGUGGAGAGAUUACACAGCUUCUAGUUCCACCAGAAAACUGUAGUGCAAGAGUCCAGCACUGCAUCUGCUCAGUAGCCAGUGACCAUUCAGUAGGACUUUUGAGUUUGCGAGAGAAAAAAUGCAUUAUGCUGGCAUCUCGUCACCUUUUCCCUAUUCAAGUAAUAAAGUGGAGGCCUUCAGAUGAUUACCUGGUGGUGGGAUGUGCAGACGGAUCUGUGUACGUCUGGCAAAUGGAUACUGGUGCACUGGAUCGUUGUGUGAUGGGGAUAACGGCAGUCGAGAUCUUGAAUGCUUGUGAUGAGGCAGUUCCAGCUGCAGUAGAUUCCCUUAGUCACUCAGCCGUCAAUCUAAAACAGGCUAUGACUAGACGUAGCCUUGCUGCUCUAAAAAAUGUGGCCCAUCAGAAACUACAGACUCUUGCUACUAACCUUCUGGCUUCCGAAGCAUCUGACAAAGGGAAUUUGCCUAAAUAUUCACACAAUUCUCUGAUGGUUCAAGCCAUAAAGACUAACCUAACAGAUCCAGAUAUACAUGUGCUCUUCUUUGAUGUAGAAGCUCUGAUUAUUCAGCUACUGACUGAAGAAGCCUCUAGGCCUAAUACUGCACUCAUUUCCCCAGAGAAUUUACAGAAAGCAUCUGGCAGUUCUGAUAAGGGGGGGUCUUUUCUGGCUGGCAAACGAGCAGCAGUGCUCUUCCAGCAAGUCAAGGAAACGAUCAAAGAGAACAUAAAAGAACAUCUUCUUGAUGAUGAAGAUGAGGAUGAAGAAUCAAUGAGACAGAGAAGGGAAGACAGUGACCCAGAAUAUCGCUCCAGCAAAUCUAAACCAUUAACCCUAUUAGAGUAUAAUCUAACCAUGGACACAGCAAAGCUUUUUAUGUCCUGUCUUCAUGCCUGGGGUUUGAAUGAAGAUCUAGAUGAUGUUUGUCUUGAUCGCCUUGGCAUGCUUAAACCGCACUGUUCUGUGUCCUUUGGUCUGCUAUCUAGAGGAGGCCACAUGUCUCUGAUGCUUCCAGGAUAUAACCAGUCCAUAGGCAAACCAUCAUAUGGUAGUGUGGAAGUAGGAAGGAAAAUGUCCAUUACAGAGGGACUAGGAAGGGGGACAUAUGGAGUAUCACGUGCAGUCACUACUCAGCAUCUCCUGUCUAUUAUCUCUUUGGCGAAUACUUUGAUGAGUAUGACUAAUGCAACGUUUAUUGGAGACCAUAUGAAGAAGGGUCCAAUCAGGCCUCCUAGGCCAGGCACCCCAGAUUUGUCUAAAAUGAAGGCUCCCCCACCAGCUUCCAGUAAUGCAGCUCAAGGGCAAAUUAAACAAGUUGCUCCUGCUGUUUCUUCUAGCACUGAAGCUGAUCGCUCUGGCUCUGACCCUGCUCCUACUUUACGUAGCUGUUUCUUAGUAAAUGAAGGAUGGAGUCAACUAGCUGCUAUGCAUUGUGUUAUGCUCCCUGACCUGUUGGGACUGGAGAAAUUUAGACCUCCUCUUCUUGAGAUGCUAGCUCGCAGGUGGCAGGAUCGAUGCUUGGAGGUAAGGGAAGCUGCCCAGGCCUUGCUGUUAGCAGAACUGAGAAGAAUUGAACAGGCAGGGCGGAAAGAAACAAUUGAUGCUUGGGCUCCAUAUUUACCACAAUAUAUUGACAGUAUUAUAUCACCUGGAGUGACAGCGGAAGCCAUUCAAACUGGUAGUGCAAGUCCAGAUUCAUCAGGGUCAGAAGUCAAAGUUCAGGAAGAAGAGCAUGAUCUUGUUGAUGAUGACAUCACAGCAGGUUGUCUGUCUGGUCUCCCACAAAUGAAAAAAAUAUCUACAUCUUAUGAAGAGAGACGGAAGCAAGCCACUGCUAUUGUCUUGCUAGGAGUGAUUGGAGCAGAAUUUGGAGCUGAAAUUGAACCUCCAAAACUGUUGACGAGGCCACGCAGUUCCAGUCAAAUUCCUGAGGGAUUUGGUUUAACUAGUGGUGGAUCAAACUAUUCCUUGGCAAGACAUACUUGUAAAGCUUUGACAUUCCUUCUGCUGCAACCACCAAGCCCCAAACUUCCUCCACACAGCACCAUCCGCAGAACUGCCAUUGAUCUGAUUGGGCGAGGUUUUACAGUAUGGGAGCCUUACAUGGAUGUCUCCGCUGUAUUAAUGGGCCUUUUGGAGCUCUGUGCUGAUGCUGAGAAGCAACUUUCAAACAUCACAAUGGGGCUGCCUCUGAGUCCAGCAGCUGACUCCGCCCGCUCUGCACGACAUGCUCUCUCACUCAUUGCCACUGCCAGACCACCCGCCUUCAUAACAACUAUCGCCAAGGAGGUGCAUAGACACACUGCGCUGGCAGCAAACACUCAGUCUCAACAGAAUAUUCACACAACAGCUCUUGCUCGGGCUAAAGGAGAGAUCCUAAGAGUCAUUGAAAUACUAAUAGAUAAAAUGCCCACAGAUGUUGUGGAUCUUCUUGUAGAGGUUAUGGACAUCCUCAUGUACUGCCUUGAAGGAUCCUUAGUCAAAAAAAAGGGACUUCAGGAAUGCUUUCCAGCCAUCUGCAGGUUCUACAUGGUCAGCUAUUAUGAGCGGAGUCACAGAAUAGCAGUUGGAGCUCGCCAUGGUUCAGUGGCCCUGUACGACAUCCGGACUGGAAAAUGUCAGACUAUCCAUGGCCAUAAAGGGCCAAUAACUGCUGUGGCUUUUGCUCCUGAUGGACGGUACCUUGCCACUUAUUCCAACACAGACAGUCACAUCUCCUUUUGGCAGAUGAACACCUCUCUUUUGGGAAGUAUUGGAAUGCUGAAUUCUGCACCUCAGCUCCGCUGUAUUAAAACAUACCAGGUGCCUCCUGUCCAGCCUGCCUCACCAGGUUCACACAAUGCACUCAAAUUGGCACGGCUGAUCUGGACUUCCAAUCGCAAUGUUAUUCUUAUGGCGCAUGAUGGCAAAGAACAUCGAUUUAUGGUCUAG